AAAUAAGUGCCAAGUAACUGAAUCUUUUAUUACAGAGUGAAGUGUGUCAGGCUGGACAUGGAGAGCCCAAGGUGUGGCUAAAGGAAGCAGUCAGCCCAGUGCAUCACACUUGCUAUUUUCGUGCUGCGGAGCAAUGAGCUCACUUUGCUUUCCCUGAAGGAGUUUUGCCUCAGGAUUUGAGCCAAAAUAAAAACUAAAUAGAUUUCAAAACAAAAGAGGUCUCCGCCAGUCAAGAAGCCCUCAAAAGCAUUUUACCAUGGAUAUAGAAGAUGAAGAGAAUAUGAGUUCCAGCAGCACUGAUGUUAAAGAAAACCGCAAUCUGGACAACAUGCCCCCAAAGGACAGCAGCACACCCGGGCCUGGCGAGGGUAUUCCGCUCUCCAACGGGGGUGGUGGUAGCACCAGCAGGAAGCGGCCCCUGGAGGAGGGCAGCAAUGGCCACUCCAAGUACCGCCUGAAGAAGCGAAGGAAAACACCAGGGCCUGUUCUGCCCAAGAACGCCCUGAUGCAGCUGAACGAGAUCAAACCCGGCCUACAGUACAUGCUGCUGUCCCAGACAGGACCCGUGCAUGCGCCUCUGUUUGUCAUGUCUGUGGAGGUGAAUGGGCAGGUCUUUGAGGGCUCUGGCCCUACAAAGAAAAAGGCGAAGCUCCAUGCUGCUGAGAAGGCCCUGCGGUCUUUUGUCCAGUUCCCCAAUGCCUCCGAGGCCCACCUGGCCAUGGGAAGGACCCUCUCUGUGAACACGGACUUCACGUCCGACCAGGCUGAUUUCCCAGACACACUCUUCAACGGCUUCGAGACUCCAGACAAGUCAGAGCCGCCCUUCUACGUAGGCUCCAACGGGGACGACUCGUUCAGCUCGAGUGGAGAUGUCAGCCUGUCAGCCUCCCCAGUGCCUGCCAGCCUCACCCAGCCUCCUCUACCCAUCCCACCGCCAUUCCCACCCCCAAGUGGGAAGAAUCCCGUGAUGAUCUUGAAUGAGCUACGCCCAGGGCUGAAGUAUGACUUCCUCUCUGAGAGUGGGGAGAGCCACGCCAAGAGCUUCGUCAUGUCCGUGGUGGUAGAUGGCCAGUUCUUUGAGGGCUCAGGAAGAAACAAGAAGCUUGCCAAGGCCCGGGCUGCACAGUCUGCCCUGGCUACUGUCUUCAAUUUGCACUUGGACCAAACACCAUCUCGUCAGCCUGUCCUCAGUGAGGGCCUUCAGUUGCAUUUGCCACAGGUAUUGGCAGAUGCUGUCUCCCGCCUGGUCCUGGGUAAGUUCAGUGACCUGACAGACAACUUUUCCUCCCCUCAUGCACGAAGGAAAGUGCUCUCUGGAGUAGUGAUGACCACAGGUACAGAUGUCAAAGAUGCCAAGGUGAUAAGUGUUUCGACAGGGACAAAGUGCAUCAACGGUGAAUACAUGAGUGACCGUGGCCUCGCGCUCAAUGACUGCCACGCAGAGAUAAUCUCCCGAAGGUCCCUGCUCAGGUUUCUUUAUGCACAGCUCGAGCUUUAUUUAAAUAACAAAGAAGACCAGAAAAAGUCCAUAUUUCAGAAGUCAGAGCGGGGUGGGUUCCGGCUGAAGGAUACCGUGCAGUUCCACCUGUACAUCAGCACCUCGCCCUGCGGAGACGCCAGAAUAUUCUCUCCCCAUGAGCCCGUGCUAGAGGGUAUGACGCCAGACUCUCACCAGCUGACAGAACCAGCAGAUAGACAUCCAAAUCGCAAAGCAAGGGGACAGCUACGUACGAAAAUAGAGUCUGGUGAGGGGACAAUCCCUGUGCGCUCAAAUGCCAGCAUCCAGACCUGGGAUGGAGUGCUGCAGGGGGAACGACUACUCACCAUGUCCUGCAGUGACAAGAUAGCACGCUGGAACGUAGUGGGCAUCCAGGGGUCCCUGCUCAGCAUUUUCGUGGAACCCAUCUACUUCUCCAGCAUCAUCUUGGGUAGCCUGUACCAUGGGGAUCACCUCUCCAGGGCCAUGUACCAGCGGAUCUCCAACAUAGAGGACCUGCCACCACUCUACACCCUCAACAAGCCCCUGCUAAGUGGCAUCAGCAAUGCAGAGGCACGGCAGCCAGGGAAGGCACCCAACUUCAGUGUCAACUGGACAGUGGGCGACACUGCCAUUGAGGUCAUCAAUGCCACAACAGGGAAGGACGAGCUCGGCCGCCCAUCCCGCCUGUGUAAGCACGCGCUGUACUGUCGCUGGAUGCGUGUACACGGCAAGGUUCCCCCCCACCUGCUGCGCACCAAGAUCACUAAGCCCACCACAUACCACGAGUCCAAGCUGGCAGCGAGGGAGUACCAGGCUGCCAAGGCCCGUCUGUUCACUGCCUUCAUCAAGGCGGGGCUGGGCGCCUGGGUGGAGAAGCCCACAGAGCAGGACCAGUUCUCCUUCACUCCCUGAGCCAGGCGGGUGUCGAGCACAGAGUGCGAGGCUGUGAUGCCAAACCGUCCCCCAGAGCCUUGCAUCUGAAUUGGGACAGGUGUGCACCUCGGGGACGGCAUGGGGAGUCUGGGGGAACCACUGGACAUCAAGCAUCAUCCCCGGCGGCUCUCACCCCAAAAGGGCAGCGUGGGGAUGUGUAGGGUGCUGAGCACCUCACUUCUAAGUAGGGAUCGGGUGCACAGUGGGGGUGCAUGGGGGCACAGGGGCCCAUCACCACCCCUCGCCACACAUUUCCCUUCUUGAGCUACCCAGUGACCACUUUAUAUCUCAGUUUACAUUAGACAUUGAGUUCUACUGAGUAGGGCUUCCUCAAGUAUAGGAAAAUAGAAAUUACUUUGUGUGAGAUUCUUGAAUAAAUAAUUUAUUCAGAGCUAGGAAUGAGAUUUAUAAAAUAAGAAGUAAUUAUGUCAGGUCACUUUUAUGCCACAUUAUUUUAAUUGCAAAAAUAAAAAAAAAAGUGUUUCUAUGUGAAAGAGCACGAGAAUAUAGAGGUAGGAAGUAGAAGAGAGCCACCACGCGCACAUCUGUGUGUGGCUCCUCUCCGUAGGCCCUUCACACUUAGGUUUUCACAGUAGGUUUUAACAGCUCUCCUGCAGUGGCCCCAGCAUGAUACGGUGUGACCUUGGCACACAUCUGGCCCUGCAUCUGGGGUGCUGUGUCCUACAGAGUCACGACCUAGUCAGCUGCCUCUAGAAUCUUCCAUGUUCCUGAUUAGGCUCAAAUCAUGGAAAACCCUAAUUGCUUCUAAGUCAUUGAAGGUCAAAUCCGUCCAUAGCCUGUCCCGGCUGGCCAUCAUGUGGGGGUUCUAACCAUAUAGGUUUUGUGACCUAGAGGCACUCAGUAGGGCUGCUACGCACUCAGAGCACAGCCUUCCUUCUGCCCUUCCCUUGGGAUCUGGUGGGUGGGAACAACUGACCGCUCAGAAGAGCUUCAGAGGAUGGGAAGAGUUGUAGGCGGGUACCGUUCUUGGAGCGUGCCACGUAAGGCAUGUUACUAAGGUAUCCUUCCAGAGAAAUUAAACAUUCAGGUUGAAGCUGGUGUGACAGUGUGAGCCUGGAACGCUGCAGACCAGACAUUGGUGUCUCGACAGGCAGGCCUGGGUGCUCCUGGCAUCUUGGGGCUGACCCCCAAGAUGCUGCUCAGCACCCUCUCUGCACAGGGUGGACCCCUGGACCUCCUGUGCUCAGACUUGCCCCAGGUGCCUUGUCGCUUCCACUCAGGAUUAGGGAGGAGUAGAGGGAGGAGGGGGAAGAGGGGCUGUGACUGUCAUCCCAGUGUGCCAGCCUGGUCCAGCAGGUCGUUCUGAAGAGAGAGCUUCAGGGCCGUGAACAGAGAAGUGCGCAGACUCAUCCCUCAGCACACAUCCGCCACGGCUGCAUCCAGAGCUCUGACAGCCAUGUGGCUCUGAGCUGUUCACCCGGGUGUCCACGCCCUUGACACAUUGAGAAAGAAACAGGGCAAGAGCGUAAUCACUGUGGGUUCCACCAGAUUCCCAGCGGACCUCAAGAGGCCGUGUGUCGUUGCUUAAGUGAGACCCACUUGUGUCUCCAUGUCUGGAACUCUGUCGUGUCCUUGUGGGUGUCUCCCAUGGUUCUCGUCCUGUGGGGCUUGAUCUUCGAGGCAUGAAGGUCCUACCAGAACUCCCUAGUGACACGUGCUAUCUCUGAUCUCCUCAGAUCACCACCUGUCCCCCUGAAAGGGAGCCCUCCCAGGCAGGAUUGUGGGGCCCAUGCAUGCUGUGGCAGGGCCACCCUUGGGUGAAAUACACUGGGGCUCCUUAGAGAAACGGUCUCAUUUUAUCACAGUACCAUGCCUUACCCACAGGCUCCUGCACUUUCUAGAAAGAAAAACACACAUGCUGGUGUGUUCUUACUCUUGCUUUUAGAUCGUAUUUUUUCCAGUGGAGAUGGGAAGAUAGAUUUCGUUUGCUGUUUUUAAGUACGUUUUGGUUAUAAAGUGUAGCAAAAAUCCCAUAAACACUAAAAACCAUGCAUUACAUCUGGCUUUCCAUGUCAGAUAACAAGGGUACCCAACCAGGAAAUGAAGGUUACAUGCACAGAACAUCUGAAACCACAGGGGCUGGGGGAGAGCCUGGAAGCACUGUGUCGAGGUGGCAGCACGGGGCAUGUGCCACCUUGCCCUGCACCCAGGAUAUGGCAGCUCAGACUGCCCAUCUGUGAACUGAGAAAAAGGAAGCAAAUACUGGCCUCUUCCCAGAGGUCCCCAUGACGGUAGUUCAUGCCCAGGGCCUAAAUGUCACAAACUCAGCAGAAAGCUUGACACAAGAAGACUGUGAUGGAAAUGUCCUGGGUACUUAAGCAGGUGAAGAACAGGAGCUUCUCUGUUCUGUGUACUUAGCUAAAAUGGAAGUAUUAAUUCCACAAAGCAGUAUCCCUCGGGAUUAUUUGGGCCCAGCGUCAGCGGGGCUGUAGCUACACAACAGGAAGGCAUCGUGGCUGGGAGUGGUGGGUGGGCUGUCUCAUUUCUGCAGAGCAGAGACUCUCCACUUAGAAAUAGGCAGGGUGAGUGUGGUAUCCGUGCCGGUAGCCCUGAUCCCUUAAUGGUAUCAGGAAGUAGCACCUCUCCUAGCAAGGGACACCAAAGAACAACUUUGAAUCUGAAUCUGAGUCUUUCAACAUUCUAACUAUUCUGAAGUUUUGGUUUCUGUUUUUGUUUUUUUUUUUUUUAAAU